UCCCCCCACCCAAGUCUUGACUUUCACCGUCGUAUAUGGUCACACUUUCACACUUUCUUGUCUUCACGACGUCCGUCCUUCUCUUCGGAACUCGGAAGCUCCGUCGGCCGAGAAGACGAACUGCAGUGCAGGAUCUAUGAAGAAAAAUCAUCUUUCAAGUACUAGAUCAUCAGUUGCUGGGAAUAGUGGUAAGGAAGGUACAUCUACUCAAUCAAAAGGGGAAGUUGUGCCGGGGAGCUUGAUUUGGGUCAGGCUCAAUGGUGAUUCAUGGUGGCCGGCACAGGUUGUUGAUGGUGACAGUGUGAGUGAGAGCAAUAAACCCAGUAAGAGGUUGGCAGGUGAAGUUCUUGUACGGUUGUAUGGGAGUUACAAACAUUUGUAUGCAGAUCCUCUUAAAUGCCAAUAUGAGUUUGAAAGUGUGCUCAAACAGAAUAAUGAGAGCUAUCAUCAUGUAUUUGCGAAAGCUCUAGAGAGGGAACUUUCUAGUUCGACAUCUGCCAAAUCGAAGCAACGGGGAUGUAAGCAUACAGAUAGAAGAAGGAAUGGUGCUUCCAAGGAUAAUGGAUCGAAUCAAGAUACUGAGGAUAGAUCUCAGAAUCUACAAGACAGGAAAUCUGGAGAUGCUGAUGCAGAAGGUUACACAGAUCUAAGUUCGAAGAGGACUGCAGGACGAAGAGGUGAUCCAAUAGCUGAGAGAUCUAAGAUGAAGUUGGGUUCUCAGAGAGCUGAAGGAGCAACCUUGAAAACCUUUCAUCGUGGUAAGACACGCAGAAAAGAAAGGCUAAGUGACAAUCCAGAUCCAUCAAAUAGUAAAGAUGUUUUGCCAACAACACCAAGAACUGUAGAGGCAGGAGAGAGUGGCAUUUCUGGGAGAGAGAGAAUUGACAAAUGUCUAGAGCAAAAGAAUGGGAGCACCAAGAAUCUGAAGAUCAGAACUCCCAAUCAAGAUGGGGUUAAGAAAAAUCAUGAAUUAAGCACCGAGAAUGCUUCUGUUUCAGCAAAGAGGAAGAACUCAAAAUUGAAGCAAGAUAGUGUGUCAAGCAGAAUCAAGCUGUAUGGACGAAGUGCAGCAGAAAAUGCAAAACUAAGGAUCUCGGGACAGCUUGGUCCACAGGUUAAGCCCAAGGCCAUUGUCAACUGUUCGAAAGUGGAAAGCAAAUCAUUGAAGCAUCAUGAGGUGGAGAAUGAACAGAAGCAGAAGAGCUUUUGCCAGCAUGAACAACAAGGCUGUGGCGAAGUUGAUCAACAUGAUAGCAUGCCCCGAGGGUUAAAGAGGAAAGGCCGGAUUAUGGACCGUGAUAAAGAAUGCGAAAUUUUGAAGCAGGAAGAGAACCGGAAAAACUGCAAGCCAAGUAGCAUAAGGGUGGAUGAGAAUUCAAUCAAUGAACCCCCUUUGCUAGACAGGUCAGUGAAGAAGCUGAAUGCAAACAAAAGAAAAACGGCGCAAGAUAAUGUGCAGAAGGAGCUCCAGCCAAAUAUAAAAUACGCCAAGGAGGAAACAGAGAUGCAAGCUGCAAAACAAGUUGAGUCGGUGAAGAAAAAGAAGCCAACGAGUGCAACGAAAAACAAAUCUCAGGCACCUUCUCCCAGUUCAACUGGAAGAGCUCAAGAAUUUUCCGCCCGGCGAUUGCGAGUAAUGAGAAGUCUUGGUUUGGUCAGUCCUGCAGGGUCGCCAUUUCAAAAGGGAGAACACCACUGUCUUAGUUUUUAAUCGGGGCGUAAAGGAAUUGGGAAUUUUUCCAAGUGAAGAUAUUUCUUUCUUCGUGACAUCUAAUUUGGUUGUCUCACCUAAGUGAUAAUGUUUGUGUAUACAUGAUUUAGAAAGCGGUAGCAGCAAAGCUUAAAAGACCCUAACCUUUCAAUUUGUUCCUCAGUUCAUAGUCGACGUGUGCA